GAGGCGCGGCCGGCGUCGGUCCCGUCCAGUGCGCGGCGCGGAGCUGAGGGGAGCGGCAGCAGCAGCAGCCAUGGCGGUGAAGGCGCUCAACCCCAAAGCUGAGGUGGCUCGCGCCCAGGCGGCGCUGGCCGUGAACAUCAGCGCGGCCCGCGGGCUGCAGGACGUGCUGAGGACCAACCUGGGCCCCAAGGGCACCAUGAAGAUGCUGGUUUCGGGCGCCGGAGACAUCAAGCUGACCAAAGAUGGCAACGUGCUCCUGCAGGAAAUGCAAAUACAACACCCCACAGCCUCCUUGAUAGCAAAAGUAGCGACAGCACAAGAUGACAUCACUGGAGAUGGCACCACCUCAAACGUCUUGAUCAUUGGAGAGCUCCUAAAGCAGGCAGAUCUCUAUAUUUCUGAGGGCUUGCACCCUAGAAUAGUAGCAGAAGGAUUUGAGAUUGCAAAGGAAAAAGCACUUGAAGUCUUGGAGCAGGUCAAAGUGACCAAGGAAAUGGACAGGGAGACCCUUAUAGAUGUUGCUAGAACAUCCCUCCGGACUAAAGUUCACACUGAACUUGCUGACAUCUUAACAGAGGCAAGUGGUACAUGUGUUUCCAGCCCCUUCUCAUGUAAAGAUGUCCAGGUUUUAAGCUGCUGUGGUUAUUCCUUGGGCAGAUGGUGGAUAGGAGGAUGCAAGCUUGCACUUGGAAAGACUAAUGGCCCUUCUGGGGAUUUUCUUUUCUCCUCUCUAUUCCAGGCUGUAGUAGAUUCUGUUUUGGCAGUCAGAAAACAAGAUGAGCCUAUUGACCUCCACAUGGUAGAGAUUAUGGAGAUGAAACACAAAUCAGAAACUGACACAGCGCUGAUUAGGGGGCUGGUUUUGGAUCAUGGUGCUCGCCAUCCUGACAUGAAGAAAAGAGUGGAAGAUGCCUAUGUUCUUACUUGCAACGUAUCUCUAGAAUACGAGAAAACAGAAGUGAGCUCUGGAUUCUUCUACAAAAGUGCAGAAGAGAGAGAGAAGCUAGUAAAAGCAGAAAGAAAGUUCAUUGAAGACAGGGUGAACAAAAUCAUAGACUUGAAAAGAAGAGUCUGUGGUGAUUCAGAUAAAGGAUUUGUUGUGAUCAACCAGAAGGGAAUUGACCCAUUUUCCUUGGAUGCACUUGCAAAAGAAGGAAUAGUUGCUUUGCGCAGAGCUAAAAGGAGGAACAUGGAAAGACUGACCCUGGCGUGCGGCGGUACUGCUAUGAACUCCGUGGAGGAUCUCACCCCUGACUGCCUGGGCCAUGCAGGCCUCGUCUAUGAAUAUACACUGGGUGAAGAGAAGUACACCUUUAUUGAGAAGUGUGACAACCCCCGCUCUGUUACCCUGUUGAUCAGGGGACCGAAUAAGCACACGCUUACACAGAUCAAGGAUGCAGUAAGAGAUGGUCUGCGUGCUGUUAAAAAUGCUGUCGAGGAUGGGUGUGUGGUUCCAGGAGCAGGUGCGCUGGAAGUGGCAGUAGCUAACGCACUUGUUAAGCAUAAACCUAACGUCAAAGGAAGAGCCCAGCUUGGAGUUCAAGCUUUUGCUGAUGCUCUGCUCAUCAUUCCUAAGGUUCUCGCUCAGAACUCUGGUUACGAUCCCCAGGAAACACUAGUGAAGGUUCAGACAGAACACGCAGAAUCAGGGCAGCUCACUGGAGUUGAUUUGAACACUGGUGAACCAAUGGUAGCUGCAGCAGCUGGAAUCUGGGAUAACUACAACGUCAAAAAGCAACUGCUUCAUUCUUGCACGGUGAUUGCUAGCAACAUUCUCUUGGUGGAUGAAAUCAUGCGAGCAGGAAUGUCGUCUCUUAAAGGCUGAACUGGAUCUGCUGGCAGGGAUGGAGGUCAGCCCCAGUAGUGCCCCAUGGGAUCUCUUCAGGAUAUCCACCCGAAGGUGCUCUUUUCUUAGCCAUGGUGGAUUUUCCCAGCAACGGAAGUCACUCUGCUGUAAUGAGCAGUACUCUUUGGUAAACGCGGCCACUCAAAAUGUUAGCAACUAUUCCAAUAUUCGGUUCUAAAAAUCAGUUAUUUAUUUUUGACUUCUCUGAAGUGUACAAUUGAAGUUGCUGUCCUUUUUACCCAAUAAACUGUUAUGUUCUGUGC